AUGCAUGUUGACAAACAGCAAACUCAAGUCGUCAAUCUACCAAUAAAAAACGAAAUUGUAUUGAUGCAAAAUUGGCAAUGGUGAAGUUUAGACCGUGAGUGAGUGAGGCGCCAACGCAACAUCCUUGAGGGAUUUAUAAUAUGGAUAAGUAUCCAGGAUUGCGAUUGCCAGUCUUGAUUCUGUGAAAUGGUUGGAAAUAAGAGAAAUAUUAGAAAUUAUUUACAUUUUUAUAAUGGAAUUCAUUCCAUUCUUACCUGGAAUGGACCAAUAGAGGAUCCUUUUUGUAGAGCCUCAAUUCGCCAUGCAUAUGGGAAUUAGAUUAAUACAAAUCCUCAAUAUGAUUGUAAGUUGCUUCGGUGACGUUCAGAUACUCGUCCAAAUUGACUGGCACCACGGGCACACUAGGUAACAACGAGAGAACGUAGGCCAUAGCCGAAUUAUCUUGAUUGGAGCUCAAAUAGACUUCACCAAACAAAGGCACACAUCUCGAGACACCACGGUGCACCGUUAAGAAGGCAUCACAGAAUUGAUAUUGUUGUUCAGACAAAUUCCUUGGACGCCAACAUAACUGCCCUCAACUAGAUCCCAAGCGCACGUAUAGCUCUUGAUCUUGAGCCAAGUUGUGGGCGCUCGUCGUCAGUCACACCAAUGCGCCGGAAGAACGCAGCCUUCUGAGCUUCGGGUGUGCGCCAAGUUAACCCUUUUUUCCUGAUGUAGGCAUGUCUCUGGCCUUCGCUCAGUGUUUGGACCCGGAAUGACAUGAGCCCGGAAUCAGGGACAGGCGACACCCGGCGUGGCGGUGCCCAAUCUGGAGACAAUGGUGCCCAAUCUGGAGACGGGGCCCGCGGAGGAGACGGGGCUCGCGGAGGAGACGAAGCCCCUGGGGCAGAUGCCGCCUCGAAAAGGCGUUUAGCCGUGCCCUGGUGGCGACUGGCUAUGUGCCGCUUUAAGUUGGACUUCUUGGCUGUAUUAUAGCCGCAUACAUUACAUUCAGGCAUUUUCAAAGUAAAAUUUGUAAUAAAAAAGACUUGCAAUUACAAAUAAAUCCUUUACAAUAAAAAAGCUCGCGGGCUUAGAGCUGGAGAUCUUAAUGCAAGUGCCCAUACCCUUGAGGCGAAACAUAGUGGCCAUAGUGUCUGACAGGUUCCGGAUGAACAUUCGUGCCCUGACUAUAUUGGAGGACAUAUGUCCUUACGUGCCACCUCCACACGUAUUCGAUGUGACACAUUUGUUAAAUUACUUCAUAAAGGAAUCCGAUAUCUCCUGUGAAAACAAUGUUCUUUUGCUGGUGGACACGGUAUUCAAAAGACAGGAAUACCGAAAUCAGCUUAACGAAAUACAGCAAAGAUGCAAAUCCAUUAAUUACGACACGCUGGCUCUCUUCUGGGCCUUCAUAAGCAGUAUUAAGGAGACUCUAAAGAACAUUUUCCAAGUCAUUGAUAAGGAUGAGUUCGUUUUGACAAAACUUAACAGCGACCGGAUGGAGCAAAAGGGGAAGUCGUUUGUGAGUCAUAUGCCGGUCAUGCCCCUAAAGAUGUGUGCCGAGGGUGGUGGAUUGCUGAGUUUUAUGGUUUAUGACGCAGCAAGUGAUCUUUAAAUAAAAUUAAAAAUUAUGUACCCAUGA